AUUUUGGCAAAGCUGGCAAUGGUUGUUAUUAUAUUAUAAAUUUUGUUUUGUUGUGACUUUUUUCGCUGUUCGUUUUCAAAUUCGAAUAAUGAAGGCGAAUCGUCCUCAGAACAGAACUUGCGAGCAGCAGGCUCGGUUCAUACAGGAGCGUAUAUCCACGGUGGAGAAGCACUUUGCCGAACUCUGCACGUCGUUCGCGGCAUACACGCGUAAGGCCUCCAGGCUGAGAGACAAGGGGGAUGAGCUGUCGCAGACGGUCCAGAGCUACGCGGAGGCUGAGAGCGUGAACAGGUCGCUGAAGACCGGCCUGCUCAGUUUCUCUGCCGUCAUGGCCGCCAUUGGAGACUACAGGGACGCCCACGUGCAGCGCCUGGAGGCCAAGGUGGCGGGGGAGCUGGGGCAGUAUGACGCGCUGUGCCGCCGUGUGCGCCAGGAGGUGAAGGAGGCUCUGGCCGUGCGAGACCGCGAGCUGGCACGGCGGCGCCAGCUGGACCGCCUGCGCCAGCGCAACCCGCACAACCGGCACCAGAUCUCGCUGGCAGAGUCGGAGCUGCUGAAGGCGAGCGCGGACGUGUCGCGCACCGUCAAGGCGCUGGAGGAGCAGACGAGCGCCUUCGAGAGACGCAAGCUGCGCGACGCCCGCACGGUGCUGCUGGACUUCAUCACCGCGGAGAUGAGCCUGCACGCCAAGGAGCUGGAGCUGUUCACGGCCGCGUACCGCGACGUGGCGGCCGUCAACGAGGACGCCGACCUCCAGGAGUUCCAGGCAGCCAUGCGCGUGCCGGAGACGCUGGCACGCCUCGACACGGUCAAGAGGAUGUCCUUGCGGGACUCCACCUCCUUCCUGGCGAACCUGUUCAGCACGCCCACGCCGCCGGCGCGCCUCGCGCGGAGUCCCCCUGCGGAGUCUCCGAGACGCGACCACGACUUCGCUGCGGACGACGUCUCCUCCGCCACGUCAGAGGAGACGCAGCGUAGGCACGAGAGUGGUUUCUUCAAGUGACGAGUGUCUGCAUGCCUGAAGCUGCUUGUUUUUAUAUAAGGAAUAUUUAUUAUAUCUAUCUGUAGUUCAGUUUUUUUUUAUACAAAAAAUAAAAUUUAUCCUUGA